UCGAAGAAGCGAACACAACGCGGUUGCGCAUGCGCGUGGAUCAUGUACGGAUCGAACGUGCCUAAAAUUCGCAAUUAAAUUAUUGGCUAAAGAACGGUGAAGUUGGCCAUAAAAAGAGUUCUACCGCAAGUGACAAGUGACCGACAGCCAAACAAAUUCAAAUUUAUAUCCCCUAACCAAAAAAGCAUGCGUGAACGCAGUCAAACCACACCGAGAAGGCGUCGAGCCGGUCCCAAACAGGCGUUACCCGGUGGCUCCACCGAGGGAGUGGGUGCCCUGGAAUCCCCCUAUUACACCAUUGACAACACGGAGGAUAUCUAUGGAACCACCUUGCUGCCCUCGCAACGCUGCUAUGUGGAUCCGUGGGAUCUGGAAAACUAUGAUUAUGUACGCAAGAAGAUCGAUGAUGUCACCGGUCUUCAGGAGGCAGUGGAACCUGCCUACGGGGGCGGCAACUCCCUGACCCCCAGUCCCACCUACGGCUAUGGAAUGAGAGUGGGAGUGGGCGUGGGCAUGUCCGCCACUAUGCCACGCCCCCACACACAGAGCCGUCGCGUGUCGCGUGCCCAAUGCCAGUUGGAGUGCUGUGUGCCCCAAAGGACUCGUCGCCGGAGUCGAAGUGCCCGCAAGGAGCCACUCUACACGGCCAGGAGCGACAUAUACGGAGCACCCAGUCGCUACGAGGACUACAUGGCCACCAUGACCAGGCAGUUGCAACUGGACAACGACGAGGAGGAGGAGCACCCAGAGGACCUGUAUGGCGAGGAGCAGCGCCAACUAUACAAUGGCUUUGGAGGCUUCUCCAGUACCAGUUCCACGGAGCACCCUUCCUCCAUUGGGGAUGAGCAGCCCCAUCUUCAGAGACGGGCGGCCACCCUGCAGCGUCGUUCCGUUCCCAGUCAGAUGAACGGCAAGAGCAACAACUAUGGAACUGCCCCUCAUCCGAGGCGCAAGCGAAGUGGCAAGUCGGCGCCACUGUCGGCUCCCCCUCAGAUCGAUUUUCCCGCCCCGCCGCCACUGUCGCCCGCCUACGACUACUGCAAUCCCUAUGCUACACUGCCGUACUGCAGCAUACCGGAUUGCAGCGAAUGUCACCAGCAGAUCUAUGCCGCACCCUCCACCCUCUAUGGAACCAUGGGCGCAGGGGGAGGGGGAGGGGGAGAUGGAGCCCGGGUCAGGGGCUCAUCGCCCCACUCCAGCGGGGGCGACUCGUCGCUCUACUCGGGAAUUUACGCCCGUAAAUUCGGACUGAGCAAGAAGGGUCUGCUCCAGAUCGACUACUCCUGCAGCUGGAACGAUCUGGACCGGGUGAUGCAGCGCCAUUGUUGAGAUGCAUGUGGCAUGUGGCAUGUGGCAUCUGGCCUUGGGUGCUUGGGUUAGGGUUACCAUCACGUUUGCACCGAUAGCGAACAGAAACAUUUUUGUACUUAAGUCAUUUUGCAUAUAAAAAACCACACAUACACACACAAGACCAAAUAACUGAACAUGUUUGUCGUAGAUUUAUAGUUUUUCAAUAUUGAAAUUACCGAAUAAAUAUUUACAAGUCAAGCAA